AUGAUUGUUGGACAUGAAAGGUGGAGGAAGCCUGAGGGUUGUUGGGUCGAUACCUGCAGGUGCGACCCCACCAACAUAUCGCUUCAGGCGGCUUGCCAGCUGUUCCAGCGGCAUGUCGCAAAGACCUCUGCGAUUGCAGAGGGGGAUUUUGCGACGCUGAAGGGGCAUCUAAUACAGCGAGGGGACGCCUUCACUGAAAUAUCCAUCAACGCACGGCAGCGAAUCGGAAAGCUUGGUGCACGUUUCGUGUCCCCAGGCUCCACAGUCCUCAUCCACGGAUUCCCAAGGGUUGUACUUUGCAUACUACAAGAAGCGCUCAACAAGGGUGUCCAGAUGAACGUGGUUCUUACAGAGGGAAGACCAGAUGGGACAUAUCAGAACAUGGUGUCAUGGCUCCACGAGAGGAGCAUCCCAACAACUGUAAUCUUGGACAGUGGUGUUGCUCACAGGAUGGAAAGGGUCGACAUGGUGCUGGUGGGAGCGGCGGGCGUGGUGGAGAAUGGGGGCGUCAUCAGCAAGCUGGGCACGUUCCAGAUCGCCCUGUGCGCCCGCGCUCUCAACAAACCUUUCUACGUCGCCGCGGAGGCGUACAAGUUCGCGCGGAGGUAUCCACUCAACCAGCGAGAUCUCCCCAUUGAGAACGCGCCGAUCGACUUUGGGCCCCUCCUACCGAGCGGUGUAAAGGUAGAGAAUCCCACACAGGACUACACGCCCCCCGAGUACAUCUCUUUGCUGUUCACUGACCUCGGCGUCCUGACACCAGCAGCUGUGAGCGACGAGCUCAUCCAAUUGUACAUGUAA